AUAAAGAUCAGUUUGGUAUUGUAGGUAUGCAAGUAGCAGGUAAUGUAUUACACUUGAAUCUUCUCAUACGAGAUAUGGUUAAUGUAUACCGAUAUUACCAUUUACAAUCUGCCGAAAUUCCUGUACAAUUUUCAGAUGAAGCUGUUGUAACUAAAUUUAUAGAAACUUUGUUACUUCUACGUAAUAUAGUAAUUACUAACUUAUCUUUAUUAUACCACGCACUCAUUGCCACAUCGCAAAGACAAAUGGAAGGUAGUACUACAGUUUCCACUCCACGAGAUGACUACUAG